AGAGAGAGGGAGAGAUGUCCGGUGAGUGGAGGAAGUGAGCAGUGAUCAUGUUGUGUCGUUCAUGCGGUGGCCGGCUGCAGACAUCCGUCGCCCCCCUGCCCCUAAUCCCACUAAGUAGUCCCGCCUUUCUGCUGCUUGUUGGGGAUCUGAAAAUUGUGUGAUGUGCUAAGGAGGAACACAGCUGACUGAAGAUGACCACUGAGACUUUUUAGCGGCCCCUGGUGGUGUGGAAGAAUGAGGGCGUCUGGAUGAAGGCCAUGGAGCUGAAAGUGUGGGUGGACGGCGUGCAGCGCAUCGUGUGCGGCGUCACGGAGUUCACCACGUGUCAGGAGGUUGUCAUCGCGCUGGCGCAAGCUAUCGGCCGCACCGGCAGGUAUGCCUUAAUUGAGAAAUGGCGGGAGACGGAACGCCACCUGUCGCCUCAGGAGAACCCCGUGGUGUCCCUCAACAAGUGGGGCCAGUACGCCAGCGACGUCCAGCUCAUCCUCCGGCGUACCGGCCCCUCCGUAAGCGAGCGGCCUGACUCGGACGGCCUGGCUCGUGGAAGCGAGCGCGCCUUCUACCGCCAGAGCUUGCCGCCUUUGGCCAAACUCCGGCCGUCGGUGGCGGACCGCUCGCUUAAACGCAGGGAGCCCAAACGCAAGUCUUUGACGUUCGGCGGAGGUCUGAGGGAAAUCUUUGGGAGGAGCAGAGACCAGGAAGCUAAGCAGCGGCAGCAGCGAGGCGUGACCUUGAACCUGACCCGGCUUGUCGCUGCCGGGGUGUCGGUCCCGAGUAGUCCGGCCCGCGAGCUGAGCCGACUAGUGCAGCUCCAGAGAGACAAACUCCAGCUUCUGGAUGGCCGCCUGCUGGACUGCGAGGUCCGAUUGCGAGACUGGGAGGAGGCCAGUGAGGAUGGAAACCUGCAGGAGGAGCUUCUGCUUUUGGAGCAGCAGGUGAUGAGGAACGACGCCGAGAUGGAGGAGGAGGAAUUCUGGCAGAACGAGCUGAGCAUUGAGCAGGAAAACGAGCGGCGGCUCCGACAGCAGCUGGCCGAACUGCAGGGCCGCAUACGCGACUGCGAGGACGAGCUGUCGCAAUACUUGGCGCACAUGCAGAGCAUGGAGGAAGAGCGCCUGCAGCAGGAGGAACAGCUGAGUCACAUGAUCAACGAGGAAGAGCUGCAGGCCCAACUGGAGAAGGUGACAUCAGAGCUGGAAGUGCAGAACCAGCACACAAUUCACCUUGAGAACGGUUGCCAGGUGUUGGAACGCUCGCUUGGACAGUCAAGCAAGAAACUUCAGGAGAAGGAGCAGCAGUUGGAGCAGCUGACCAAAGAGCUUCGUCAGGUCAACUUGCAGCAGUUCAUUCAGCAGACGGGCACAAAGGUCACCGUGCUGCCCGCCCAACCGGCUGGCGACAGCAACAACAACAACAACAACAUAGAGACGGACUGUGGCUCUUUAAGACGUCUGCUACAGCGCGACCUGCGCCACCUGCAGAGCAGCAACACCUGCAGCCUCAACCCUGAGGGCAUCUACGUGUGAUCGUCAUCUGUCAAAACACUUAUUGCUCAUCUGGGCUGCAGGUGAUGUCCCUGGAACUAUACCUGCGCACUGCGCGGCCCACAAACUGCCUAAAAAGGACUUGUAGGGUCUUUUUUCGGCUGCAUCUUCCACAUUAGGACUCCAAGUGAUGUCAUUUACUGCAGGAAUGUUUUUUUAAAUGACUAUUAUUGGAAUGCUAACAACCAUCAAGAGUAGGGAAUAUGCACGAGCAUGCGCACAUCACAUUUGAUUGCCUUACGCUGAUGUGUUUCAAUGCACACAAACUCACCAGCAAAGAAGUAGUUUUACUCUACUUAGAAAAAAAAAGUUCAUGGGAUUUAUUAGCUGAGCUUUGCCUUUUAGUUCCCGUGAGAAUAAUCCGACUUAUUUCGCUUACCUCCAGUUUUGCUUUAUAACAACAUUCUCAUAUUUUGCUUCCGCCUUCAUUUUGCACGUCAUACCAGCAUUGGCCACUAGAUGGUAGCAAAGUCAAGAUCAUUCGUUUUUGCUAGCAUUAGCGCCAAAGGUGCAUCCUGGCGUGUGAGCAUUAGUCUUUUUAACUACAAAAAAAAGAUGUCUACUAUAAACCAAAGCUAGUGUAACAAGACAUUUAACCAGAUAUAAGAGGAAUGUAUUUUUUAUGCAGCAUUCGCUUUAAAACAGCCAGUUGCCUCAUUCCAAUAACUAAAUGUUUGCAUUUGGAGAGACGUCAGCCUGCUUGCUGCCUUUCUCUUGCAUCAGUGAAUGAUAGUUAGAAUUCUAACUGGUUAAAAAAACACCUCUAAUAACCGUAUUUUUCGGACCAUAGGGCGCACCGUAUUAUAAAGCGCACUGCCGAUGAGCGGGGUCUAUUUUCAUACAAAAGGCGCACUUAAUUAGGAGGUGCAUUGAACGGGUCAUAUCAUGAUUUUUUUUCUAAAUUGAAAACACUUCCUUGUGGUCUACAUAACAUGUAAUGGUGGUUCUUAGGUCAAAAUGUUGCACAGAUUAUGUUUUACAGACCAUCUUCAAGUCGCUUUCUGACAAGUCUCUUCAGGAUGCGCCGUUUUGUGGGCGGUCUUAUUUACGUGGCUCACCUUCGGCAGCGUCUUCUCCCCGUCAUCUUUGUUGUAGCUGUGUAGCGUGCAAGGACGGGACUCGAAGAAGGGACAAAAGAUGGAGCUAACUGUUUUAAUUACAUUCAUACUUUACUUAAAUCAAUAACGGGGCAGCAUGUCAUCACCAGUGGCUCACUAAUGCAAUAACACUACCGGAAAUGUGUCCCCUGAAAAACCGUCCGACCAGAACUGUUUAAUAACUAAAUUUCCGGGUUAAUAAUGUAAACCCAUUACACCGGUGGUUUGUAGCGCUUUAAUAGCGAGUAUCUUGACAGAUAUAAGUUAGAACUUUACGCUACUUUAUAUUAGAAAUGGCAAGAGUGGAAGAUGAAUGCCCCAUAAUAAGAAGAUAGAGGACAAAGAAGGAGCUUAUUGACACGGACUACAACGGCGGACAUGCGCACAUUUUCAGGAUUUAUGAAAAUCGCAAAUAGAGAUCAGCAGGUACCAGAAGGUAAGAAAAGUGGGUUUUGCACAAUAUUGCGAAACAAAACGCCAGACAACAUGUCUGCUAUUAGGUGCCAUUUUGCGGUUCUUAUCCACACCAUAAUAAUACCAAAUGUUGAAGCACAGCACGUCUGACGACGGUAGCCGUAAUGCUCCGACAAUUCAUCAAGCGAUGCGGCUUCAUAGCCUACCAAAGUCGUAUUAAAACAUUUUGAACGAUUUUUGAGCGCCUUGAGUUAUGUUCUAUAUUCUCAAUGAAAUAUCAACGUUUUGGUGUUGCUUGCUGACGUCAUCAUCCACUCUACACGUAUCUCUUAUGUGUGACUGCCAUCUACUGGUCACACUUAACAUUACACCAUGUACCAAAUAAAAUAGCUUCAAGGUCGGUAAGCACAACCAGAAUUAUUCCGUACAUUCGGCGCACCGGUAAUAAAGCGCAUUUUUGAGAAAACUAUAGGAUUUUAAGUGCGCCUUAUAGUCCAAAAAUUCGGUGGUAAAAACCAUUGGAAUAUUAUACUAAUAAAAACACCUCUAUUUAGUAAAAAUCGAACAAUAAGUAGAUGAUACUAGUGAUGGACUUCUAACUAGUAAAAAGCACCUUUUAUUAGUAAUAAAUAUCAGUAGAUGAUACUAGUGAUAGACUUUUAACUAGUAAAAAUCACGUUUAGUUAGUAAAAAACAUCAGUAGGUGAUAGUGAUGGACUUCUAAUUAGUAAAAAUACGCUUCUAAUUAGUAAAAAAAAAAAAAGGCAUGCCUUACAGAGAGGAUAUUGUUGAUAACAAAAUAAACCCCAUCAUAUGCAGAAAAUGGUUCAUUUUGCUUUGAAAGAUAGCAAAAAAAAUGAAGCCGGGUGUACAGAUGUUGCCUGUAAUUAAUUUCUGUUGUGCCAUUUUCAAUAAAAAAAAAAAAAAUAUUUGUAAUGUGAUUCUCCUGAGCAAGUUAGGGUGCAUUCAACUUUUCUGGGUGAAGAAAAUAUCGCAAUCUUUUUUGUUGUCUGUCGAAAGCCUCAGUGACCCCCAACGGAUGAAAGAAACUAAAAUGUUUAUGUCUUUCCAACGAAACGCAGACACAAUUCCAACUUUGGGGGAGUUGAGAAAGUUUUGCCAUCAUAUUUCAACUUUAUAGACAGGUCAAAGUGUCUCUGAUUACAUCUGUCACCUUUCACCUUCACAAGAAAAGCUCAUCUUGUCACCUUUUUCUCCCUUUUGAAAUGAUUGCUGCACUUUAUGGUAGCCUAAUUAACACAACGAGGGGCAGGACCAUAGAUCAAUAUUAGCAUACAGUAUGUUAAUAUGACAACAUGUCCAUAGAGCAACAUGAAAACCCAUAAGAUCCAUUACUUAUUAUUGCAUCAUGAGAUGGAUUGGAUUGCUGUGUGUGUGUGUGUGUGUGUGUGUGUGUGUGUGUGUGUGUGUGUGUGUGUGUGUGUGUGUGUGUGUGUGUGUGUGUGUGUGUGUGUGUGUGCGUGCGUGCGUGCGUGCGUGCGUGUGUGUGCGCCAUUGAAUGUCCCCUUGGCCCCUCUCCUGAAUGUGUUUACUCUGCACUGGGCAGGCGAGUAAACAGAUGGGCCAUCAUGAAUUAUGGAAAUUAUGGCUUUGAUUAACCAGCGCACACUUUUUGUGCUGUGAAAUAACUUACAAUCUGUCACUCACUCGCAACAAACAAAACACACCUUGUGUGGAAAGGGUGCACAUAUUGUACUCUAUUUUUUAAGGAGAAUUUGUGUUGAGCAGAUAAAAUGUGGUGUUUUAGCGUUAAUUCUAAUAACAAAAUGUAGACUAGCAGUCAAAAGGGUGAAUAAAUUGUACACUGUAAGAAUGUUUCCGUCUGCUGGCUCUGGUUGGUUACUGCAUCACUUGGCCCCAAUGCAAGUGGACUGUACCUGCGGAGUGACUUCGUCCUUGUCUUUAGUCAGACGUAGUUUCAAGUAAAUAACGACAAACAGAAAACAUUACAAUAUUCGUCACCGUACGUCAGUUUUUGUCUCUGCCUCUAUCUAUUGGACUUGGCCUGUUGCUACACCUCUUGGACACAAUGCAAGUGGACUGGAACAGUAAAUGGUAACAAUAAACCAUUAGGCCAGGGGUGUCAAACUCGUUUUCAUUGAGGGCCCCAUCGCAGUUAUCGCUGCUCUCUGAGGGUCGCUUGUUACAGUGAAUAUAUUUAAAUGAUAAUAUCCUUAUGGAAAUAUUAUACACAAUUCCCUAUGCAUUUGAAUAUUAGUCUUUUUUACAUACACAUUGAUGGAUAACAUACUUAUUUAAGUCAAAAGUCAGGGGAAAAAGCAUUUAAUUCUAACAACAUUUUUUGGGGAAUAUCCAUCCAUCCAUUUUUUACUGCUUAUCCCUCUCAGGAUAACACUAUACAUAUGUUACUGUAAUAUAGGGGUGUCCAAAUGUUUUCACCAAUGGCAGCAUAUUAUCAAGUUAAAGUAUGCGUAUAAAUAAAAAUAUGUAAAGUCACAUGUAAAGUCCUGCGAUUGGGAAGUAAACUUUCCUGGUGGUGUCAGUUCCCAAACAUAUAUGACAAUUUCAAGAAGUUAGUUAUUCAUAUUUUAUGUAGAUCAGGGGUUUCGAACUGAUUUUCAUAGUUAUGGUUGCCCUUAGGGGGCCACUUGUAACUGUGAAUAAUUUAUGAAUAUAAAUGCAUAGAAAUCCACCUCAUGAUAUUAUUAUACAAUUGCCUAUGCUGCAUUUGAUUAUUUUUUUUGCAUACACAGGAAAAAAAAUAUUUCCAUUUUGCAGUAAAAAACCGGCAGCUAAAUUGCCACAAUAUUAACAUAACAUUUAUGGUGGUUUUUAAAGCCAUAUUAUUGUAAAUGGGAAAAAUGGUAGUAUUGUUUUUGUUUUUACAGUAGAAUUCUGGCAACUGGCACUGCCAGUUUUUUUUUGUUUUUUUGUUUUUUUACCAUAAAAUCUAUUGUCCUAGAUUGAUCUACAUUGUACAAUCUGAUGGGUAG